AAACAUCGAACAGACAAAAGUUGUUAUCAUUUCAUGUCAGGGAACAGAGUGGAAUAAACGUAAAUAAACAUUUUUGUAAGUAAAAGAAUUUAUAAGAAAUAAUAAAAAUGGAUCCUCCAUCGAUGACGGGGACCUUGCAGUCCACAUCUACUUACUCAGAGAGCUCGAAGACGAGUAGUAAAUCUGCUCAAAGUACUGAGAAAGAAAGAGAAAUGGAUCUCACAAAAGAUAACGCUGCAUCACCAAUUGACUUGGAAUGCCACAUCCAAUGCGAGCGUAUCACCAAGAUCCUGGACGAUGCCAUCUAUAAAUGCAAGUUAUGCCUGUGCCUACCAGAGCUGGUUCAGGAGUACCGGACUCUUUACAGUCUGUUGUCACCUCCUCAUAUGGACGACCUGACUUUUAUCUUCGAGCAAUAUGACAAUCCAUUGUUCUCUGCUAGUCUCCUAAAUAUGGCUGUUAUGGAAGAUUUGAAGGCUGGUGAUUUAUCACUAAAGAAUCGUUUGAAUCCAGAGUUAGGACACUUACUUUACAUCAUGAACAGCUAUCCUGAUCUCCGGCCUAAAGUUGAAGAGAUUAUCGCCAAGCAAAGAGAAAUUCAAGCUAAUGACAAAACGCUGUUGACGCCUGCUUUUGAGUUUUUGAUGGAACUUGAACAUUUCCGAGAUAUUAUGGUAAGGCAGAUGGAAACGACAGCGGCAGAGGAACUAUCUGCUAAAAUCAGUACUAAGAAGCUGGAAGCAUCUAAUGAAAGUCUCAUUGCUCAUAUAAAAGAAUAUACGAAGACUCUGAAGGAAGAGAGCGAGCGUUUUGAACAAACAAUGAGUUUGAAGGAGGAGAUGAUAUCCAAGCUAGAAAAUGAACUGGUUCUACUCAGCCACGAUGCUACGGUUAAGCUUAAAAAGAAAAUAUUGGAUUCAGAACGCCAAAUGGUGCUAGCUACUAGAAGUCAUACGGUUAAAAAUGAAAUGUUAAAGGAAGAAGAGAUAGAAACUCGAGAAGGGUACGAGCAGUUGUUGAGGUCGCAUCUUAUUGAAGAGAAGAAUCAAAGGGCUCGACGGUUCAAAGUGGAGACGCAGUUAUUAUCCUGGCUACAGAAGUACGACCUCGAGAUGAGUGACAAGCAGGUGGAACUUGACGAGUUCACGCAGAAACAUGAAGAGGAACUUGAGAAGUGUGCGGAAUUAGAGAAAAAAUUGGCGGAACAAGACAUCGAGUACAUCCCGCUGAUGGCAGAAAGAGAGGCGGAAUACAACCAGGAGAUGACGGAGAAGAUGAACAAGUUCCUCAUAGACCACGCCGCGAGGGUCAUACAGCACGCCUGGAGAGAAGUACUCGCCAACCGAGCAGAGAAGAGGAAGCUAAGGAAGAUAAUAAGGAAGUUGCAAGAAGCUCAAGUCCCAACGAACUUAAUCAAGGGAAAACCAAAACCGAAAUAGUGGUUAGAUUUAUACAAAUCAUGGUUGCUUAAAUUAAAUUAUGUUACUUAUUUUUUAUAUUUAAUUGUUAUACUAUUAUUGUGAAAGUACUGCUGGGAUUUUCGGUAUUUCGAAAAAUUUCUCAGUCGCACGGAGUCUGGAAUUAUUACAUGGGUAAUUUUUUUCUUUUUAUUUUAUGGGAUAAGAGGAAAUGAGCAGACGGAUCACCUGAUGGUUAGCUAUCAGGAACGCUGAUCGCUACACCAGAGGAGACACAAGUAUGUUACUGGUGAAAAAGUCGGUAUACAUUGUACAGUAGCAUGAUGUGCACCUCUGCCUACGUCUUCGGGGAUAAAAGGUGUGACGAUAACUAUUAUUGUUCAUCUUUUGUGCGAAUAAAAAGUCUUAGUAAGCAAGAAGUAUAUUUUAUUUAUUUCACUAAAAGCACUUGCUUUAAUUUAGAAAUAGGUACGUCGGGUAUUAAAAUUUUAAUGAAGUACAAAACUGGACUUGGUAAUUUAUCGACUAUACAAUAAUUCACGUUUUUUUUAAUAAACAAUAUUAUAUAGCACUAUGAUUCUGACUGAUCAAGAAUAGUUUCAAAAUAUAUAUAAGACAAUAACACAUACAAGAAACUUUACUCCUAACUACUCCUUUAGCAGAUCUAAUAUCGUAUCGUAUCGUA